AAGGGAAAGCAACUCUAAAAUUUGCUGGAGUUGGCAACUCUACCAACGAAUGAGGGGAAAGUACCAUGGUAGAAAAAUUAUAAACAACUGAUAUUUUUGCACACUUUUGGCCAUGUUAAAAUAAUUGAUAGUGAAAAAUAUAAAGUCCUGUUGUUACCUUUAACUUCGCUUGUCGUAGGAGCAGAUAAUUUCUUAAAAAUGGCCAAUAGUUACGAUAUACCAAGUUGGGCUGGUAAGCCACCCACCGGCUUGCAUUUGGAUGUCCUUAAAGAUGAUAAACUUGUGCAGAAACUUAUGGUGGAUGAAAAGCGUUGCUAUCUCUUCGGGCGCAAUAGUCAAAUGAAUGAUUUUUGUAUUGACCACGCCUCCUGUUCGCGAGUGCAUUCAGCAUUCGUGUAUCAUAAGCACUUGAACAUCGCCUAUUUGGUGGAUUUGGGUUCAACCCACGGUACAUUUAUUGGUACCUUGCGCUUGGAACCUCAUAAACCGACACAGCUGCAAAUUAAUAGCACUUUUCAUUUUGGGGCUUCCACGCGACGAUAUAUUCUCAGGGAGCGGCCUUCCGCCGGGCAACGUAAUAGCAUUAUGGAAGAUCUGCCCCUGAGCGAAACCAGCGACGGUGCGUUACUGGGUUUGCCUGAAAGUCAAACCGAAUUAGAUAAUCUCACCGAAUACAAUACUGCACAUAACCGGCGUAUUUCUAUGUUGGGUAUUGCAGACGACAAUUUGAGAAAGCAAAAUGCAGCAAAACAUAGUGGUCGUAAACGCCGCAAUGUUACGUUUAAUGACGAAGAAAUUAUAAUUAACCCAGAAGACGUAGACCCAACUGUCGGACGGUUCCGUAAUUUGGUUCAAACAACUGUUGUACCGGCUAAACGUGCUCGUUUUGAUUCUGGCGGUCAAAUGGGAAUUCAAUCAACACCAAGCGGUGGGGCCAUACUAUCAAACGCUGCAUUAUCUUCAAGUGGUUCUACUGCUCAUCAAAUGUUCCAGCAAAGUUUAGCAGAACUUAAGCAACAAGUGAGCUCUGCACCACUCUCUCCUUCUUCCCUCUAUCAAGGACUCCCUGCAUCUGUACAUGACUCCCAUCCAAAUCCUAGUUUGAAGUUUAACAGUAGUAGCACGGACUUUGAUAUAACGCCAAUUGCAAUGGGCACGAAAUUGGGUUUGUUACUGCCAAAUCCAGCUCCUGAUGUAACACCCGUAGUUGCUGAACCGUCGCCAGUAAAGCCCUUGAUGGGGGUAGGAGCCGCACAGAGAUUAGGGCAGGCCAAUGCAAAUUUGCGUUUCGAUCCACAUGGCGUUGCUGGCGCUUCUGCGUCAGAAAGCGGUGGACACGGGCCGCAAAAGAAGAAAUAUGCCAAAGAAGCAUGGCCUGGACGAAAACCAAUGUUGGGACAGCUUUAAUUUAUUUAUAGCAUGACUGUGCGGAAGUAAAAUAAAAUUAGAUAAACUAAAUAAAAUUA